UCGGUAUGAAUUAAUCCGACGAGAGAGCGGAAGAAGCCACGAACAUCCGAUCCGGAAAAAUACCGUAGCGGUUUCGGCCGCAGAAUCUGUGUCGUCUCUUAUCUUCCUCUUCUUUCCAUGGCAUCACGCGAUCCAGGCCCCGUCCUCUAUAAACUAUAGGAAGAGCUUUCUCAGAGAGAUCUAUAUUGCUUUAAUUCGGUGAUGGAUGGCGAGAGAUUCAUUUCCUCUGCCUCCGCCGCCCGCGAAAACCCUAGGCCCUUAGGGUUUGCGCAGGAGCGACUCGGCCGGCCGCCGACGGAUUCGGCUCAGCGCGCAACGACGUCGAUCUUGGAUCGCUUCCGUGCGAUGCUUCGCGAACGGGAAGAAGACUUGAGGGGCAGUGGGGACGAGACGCCGCCGCCACCAGACGGGAACGAAAUCGUGCGGAUGUAUGGGGAACUUCUCACCGAGCUCACCUUUAACUCGAAGCCAAUCAUCACGGAACUCACCAUCAUUGCCGGAGACCAGCGGGAACAUGCCAGGUCGAUCGCGGAGGCUGUGUGCGCCCGGAUUGACGAGGUCCCACAAGAUCAAAAAUUACCUGCUUUGUAUCUUCUGGAUAGUAUAGUGAAGAACAUUGGUGAUGAUUAUGUGAGGACUUUCGCUGCUAGGCUUCCUAAGACGUUUUGCCAGGCAUAUAAUGAUGUCCAUUCCAGCCUUCAUCCUGCCAUGCGCCACCUCUUUCAGACUUGGUCACAAGUAUUCCCCCAUUCAACACUACGCAAAAUUGAGGAUGAAUUAAAGUUUUCUACACCUGAAAACCAGAGGCUAAUUGGCUUGGCGAGUAUGCGAACUUCAGAAACUUCUCAACCAUCUCAUGGAAUUCAUGUUAAUCCAAAAUACUUGGAGGCACGACGCCAGUUUGAAAACCCUGAAGCAGAUAUUCGGCAUUCAAGGGAAGUUUCUUCUGGAAUACAAGUUUCUGGACAUAGAUCAUUUACUAAAUAUAAUGAUCAUGAUUUGGAUCACUUUGGUUUUCAACCUUCAAGCCUAAAAAUGGUAAGAGAAGGUUCUCCACUGACUCUAACACUACAUGGAUCAUCAAUGGAGGGACAGGAAGGGCCAUUCUUAAGUUCACAGAGAAAGGUGGCAUCACGGGUAUCUCCUACAAGGAUUGGACUUAGGAGGUCCACAUCUCCACAAGGCCAUAGGUUCCAAAUGAGUUCUCCUGGACGGGUGAUUGAAGCAACUUCACGAUCUCAUUCUGGACUUGACUUUCAAUCUCACAGAGCAAGUGAGAGUAAUGGUUGGGUUGGAAGAAACUUGGCAAUAGAUGAUGGUGCUCAGCAAUCUGUUGCUCUGACGACAUACAAUAAAUAUGGAAGGCAGCGCCAAAGAGAGCUCAUUGAUGCCUAUGGAAAUUAUAGAGGUAAAGACUUCCUUCAUGAGAGUCUUCCAAAGAUUCAGCGUGUCGAUGUAAAUGGCAUAAAGGGUAAAGCAGGAAAAAUGGAUUGGCAGAAUUCUGAGGAAGAGGAAUAUGUGUGGGAGGAUAUGAGCCCGACUCAUGUUGAUCCAAGCAAAAGGAGCAGGAUGCAAUCCGAACAGAGCACUGAUAGCUUAGGAUUAAGAGAUAAUUCUAGUAGAUCAGGUAUCAUAGCACAGAAAUCUGAUUUUAGAAGGCGCAGUUGGCCUGUUCCACCUCUCAAAGACUCAACAACUACAAUUGAUGACAGAAUUGGUAUUCGACAUUAUGGUCUUGGACCGAUGAAUAAGAUGUAUCUCGAUGAUACAGGAAGCACCAUCCAACAAUUUCGACAUCAUGAGAGUUCUCAACAUGUUCAGGAGCAUGGGAGUUUGCCUCAUGUAUUCCACCGCCCCACACCGGAUAAUAUUAGCCCAAAGUCUCAGGGAAGGCCAUUUCAGUUGCCUUACUUGGUUGGUGGAGUAACACCUUCUGUAAAUCACAAACGGCAUAGUUUCUAUGAUAACUCUCACAAUGCUGAAAUGCCAUUUUUGAAUUUAUCUAGUGCUUCAUCUGACACUACAAAUCACGAGAUGUCUACUUCAGCUGCACAAAAAGCACACCAUCCUCCUAUUGCUCCGGUGCCAUGGCCCCCAGCUCAUAUAUCUCAGUCUUUACAGUUACUUCCCAUUGCUAACCUACAGACGGAUAAUAACAAGCCAAUAGGCAAUCAGCAACCCAAUUUCUCUGUUCCAUUUCCACAGCAGCAAUUUGAUGCAAAUGGAAGACAACUACUAGGGCAGGCAUUCCAGGAGAAUCGUGGAAGCUUUAUUCCACCAGUACUAAAUCAACCCCUAAGUGGUGUACAAUCUCAUGGUCAAAGUGGUGUUUUGGAUUCUAUUUUGCCAAAUCCCAUCCCUGGAAUGCCUAUUUCUUCAGUAAAGAAUAUCUCCUUACAUGGACGUGCAGGGAUGCCUCCUUUGCCGCCAGGACCACCGCCAUUGUCAUCACAGUCACUACCUGCAUCCCAGAACAGUUCAGCAGCAUCACAAUCUUCAGUAAGCGGAUUUUCAGGAUUGAUCAGUUCGCUUAUGGCCCAAGGUUUGAUUUCGCUGACACCUCAAGCUCAGUCUCAGUGUAUGUUUCAGAAUACUAUGGGCCUUGAGUUUAAUGCUGAACUUCUUAAGAUACGUCAUGAAUCUGCAAUAAAUGCUAUGUAUACUGAUCUUCCAAGGCAAUGUACUACAUGUGGCUUACGUUUUACAUGCCAAGAGGAUCAUAGUAACCAUAUGGAUUGGCAUGUAACUAAAAACCGAAUAUCCAAGAAUCGUAAGCAGAAGCCAUCACGCAAAUGGUUUGUUAGUGCUAAGGAAUGGCUUUGUGGUGCAGAAACGCUUGGAGCUGAUGCGGUUCCUGGUUUUUUGCCCACAGAGGUAGUUCCAGAGAAAAAAGAAGACACGGAAAUGGCUGUUCCUGCAGAUGAGAAUCAGACAGUCUGUGCAUUAUGUGGGGAACCUUUUGAGGAUUUUUAUAGCGAUGAGACUGAAGAGUGGAUGUAUAGGGAGGCAGUAUACAUGAAUGCUCCAAAUGGGGACAUAGAAGGUUUAGAUCGUUCACAAUUGGGUCCAAUUGUCCAUAUCAAGUGUAGAUCAGAGUCUGCUGAAGGUUCUGGACAAGCCUGAUGUGAAUAGGCACUGAGAAUAUUGCUAGCAUAGUUUCUCCCUCCCUCUCUAUCUCUAUCUCCCCGAAAGUGACAUUUUCGUUGCUUUUGGCUUAUUCAGAACUGUUGAGAGAUGGUCAUCAGCGGGAUUAGGUUUAAAGAAAUUUGUAUAUUACUUGGAGCAUCCAUCUAUCCAUAGGUAUGCACUUCUUUCUUAAGAAAAAAAAAUAUCUUGUCUCUGAUUCAUCUGCUCCAUUUCAAAUGUUUGUACUUGUAAAGUUGUAUUAUAGAAGCUAAAUCUUCUCACGAGUCUUUAUUACUAGAAUGUUGUGCUCUCAAGGAAUUAUAUGAUGGUUCUUUUUUUCAACUUUUCUUACUUCGUUCGGCUCUCUCUCUCUCUCUCCAUUUUGCUGCCAAUCUCUGCCUUGUUUUCUUGUUGUUUGGUAUAUUGAUACAGGUUGAAAUACAAAGUUUUAUGAAGCAUUUGGCUCUGAAGCCUCAACCUUUGGGAUUGAGAAUGGCUUAAAAACCUCUUGUUGCUGAGUUUCAAGUUCUUGUAAUUCUCUUUUAAACUUAAAUUGUUAUUAUAAAUGAAUUGCUUUAUGAAGCUCUGCUGAGAAUAUUGUUCAGAUUUGUAGUUAAUAACAUUAUAUAGAAUUUUAAUUUAUUUACUCUGUGAGUGAUGGCAA